CAAGGUCGCCGGCAUAACAUAAAUGAUGCGGCGAGCACAACACAACCUCAAAGCCUGAAAUUUUAGCCUUCUCUCUCUUUUUUUAGGGUUAAGAGUUCAAUCUCUAACAAUGGCGUCCUCGAAAGUCACUGAAGUUGCGAACCUGAAAACGAUAGAAGCAGCCUUGAAGCUUGUAGACACCAAAAAGGAAAGCCUUAAAAGAGCCUUUGAUGAUCUCCAAGCCCACUCAUCUCUUCUCUCCUCCUUCUCUCUGUCCUGGCCUGACCUCGAUUCUCACUUUACCUCCCUCCAAACCACCCUCACCCGUCGUUUUCACGAUCUUCAAUCCCUCAAUUCUUCUUCUAACCCUCCUCGCACUCAUGACCCAAUCGGUGCUCCCCAUGACCCUGCUGCUUCCGAUCAAUCGCUGACUGUUGUCGGUGGCCCAUUAUCUUCUUCCAACCCACAUGAUCAUGGUGCAGUGACUCGGUCCAAGGUGGAAUUGCCCGUCCCCGUGCAAGACCCUUCUUCAUCUAAUCCGACGAGUCAGUCCCAAACUCAGACUCAGGGAGUCCCUGUGCAAUACCCAUCGAGUCUAAACCAGGCUACUUGGCCGGAAUUGGGUCCUCUGUGCGAGAAGAUGGAUGGGCCAGGAUUGAGGGAUUAUAUAAGCGACCAUGCCAAAGAGCGGGAAGCUAUCCGGACAGAGCUUGUAGGCUUAAUGGGGGAUGCUUCAGACCCCGGAGCAAUGGUUUUGGAUGCAAUGGAGGGGUUUUAUUCAUCGAAUUCGACGUCUAAAGGUGACAAGGACAUGGAUUUAUAUCGUUUACGGAAGAGCUGUUUGGACUUAUUGGAGGUGUUGACAGAGAUUAAACCAAAUUUAAGUGAUGAAGUGAAGGAGAGAGCUAAAAAGUUGGCUUUUGGGUGGAAAGAGAAAGUGAAUUUGAAUGGGGAUAGCCCUCUAGAGGCACUCGGUUUCCUGAAUUUGAUUGUGGCGUAUGGAUUAGAGAAUGAAUUUGAUGUGGGUGAGCUUUUGAAUUACUUUGUAGUCGUUGCCAGGUUUAAGCAUGCUACAGUUUUGUGUCGUUCUAUAGGCCUGGGAGACAAAACUACAGAUCUUGUUCAAAAACUCAUUGACAAUGGCAAGCAACUUUUAGCUGUCAAAUUUAUUUUCGAAUUUGGGCUGACUGACAAGUUCAAACCAUUUCCUCUCCUGGAAGAUCACCUGCAGGAGUGCAAGGAAUUUACUAACAAAAUUUGCAAGGAUGGAAAGAACUCCAUUAAGGCACAGAAUGAGGCCAGAGCCAGAGAAGUUAAUGCUUUAAAAUCAGUUCUCAAAGUAAUUGAUGAACACAAACUCAAAUCUGAGUACCCAAGGCUGGACCUUGAGAAGCGGAUUGAGAUGCUAGAGAAGCAGAAGGCAGACAAGAAAGUGGAUGCACAAUCUCCUGAUAAUAGGCCUCAGCAGCAGCCAAAGAAACAGCUGCAACAGCAGCAGUCAAAGAAGCAACAGACAAAGCAGCAAACAAAGAAGCAGCAGCUGAAUGGAAACAAGCGUCCUCGAAUGACUGCACUGAGUGGUCCUGCAGCAGUCUCAAUCAGUAUUGCUGGUUCCAGUUCAACUGUUCCUCCAUUUCAACAAUCUCAUUUACCACCAGCAGGUUUGUUGCCAGCAGCUGGACCUUAUGGGUUGGUGGGUUCCACUCCUUCCAUUGCUUCUUAUGCAGGUUCAUCAGCUGGCCCCUAUGGCUUGGCAGGAGCUGCUAUUGGCUUCUCUGGUAACCCAAGUCCAGCUGGGGCCCAUCCAUACUCUUCAGAUCCAUAUAUGCCACCUGGUUUUUAUGACAGGCCAUCUGCUUACGGUGGAUAUGGUUUGCAGCCUCAAUAUCCAACUUACUACCCCCAGUAGUUUUUGGGUACUUUCAGUGAUAGUAUAACUUUGGAUGGUAUAGUAGUGUUGCCAACUUUGCAUUAGUGGUUAUCAGAAAGCAAGCUAUGCUUUUUGAUCAGCAUGGAUGUAGUUUGGGAACUUAAUUUGGUUAGUUGGUUUGCGGGUGUUGGCACACUUUGAAGUGUUUGAACAAUAUGUUGUAUGUUUAUGUUUUUUCUUUGGUUUGGAAGACUUUGGAAGAUCAUACUACAUGGAAAAUUCCUUCAUUUUA